AUACUUCCAACCAUUGCAACGCUUUCGCGCUGCCCGAGCUACCGUCUAAGACUAACCUCGUCUGGCCGCAGUCGCCUGCUUGCUUCGCUGCUCUCCGAAGCAAGAGUAGCGCGCCAUACUCAUAAAACGGCGAAGACAUAACUUCGACGACCUCUGACGGCGACGCCCAGAGACGAAGACAAAGGCCAAGACGAGGACAAUCCCGAAUAUGAACACCCGACCGCACAAGCAGAGCAUGUCCGAGCUCAAGCUUAGGCGGCUCACCGAGCACAACAUGCGGCUCAAAGAGGACCUGGAUCGGCCGCGAGUAAAAGUCUCAGAAGCGAGCGCAUCCCUGAUUCGCUAUUGCAAGACAACAAAGGACUACCUUGUCCCAUCCGUCUGGGGCCCCGUCGACAAGCGGGAAGACCCGUAUGCUCCGCAUGGCGGCGGAUGCGAGUGUGCUAUCAUGUGAUGCGAAGAUGGACAUCUUUUAGCCAUCGCAGUGAUCGGCACAGACGCAUUCGCUUUUGUGGCGGGUGGCGAUGCUCGAGCAUACAUGCUUUCAAAGGGAAGAAGCAGUCUGAUAUUCUCAGGACGGGCAUUCGACCCAUCUAGGCGACCUUCGCAUGUUGCCGGUUGCGGAUACAGGGUACAUGGCCCCGAUGCUGUAUGCUCGUCCUAAUCACUCGAUCGCCACCAUCAAGACGCCCCCUGGGAACCACCUAGUGGCGUUGCCGCGCACUC